CUUUUUGUGAAAAAAAGUCUUUUUGGUAGUUUAAUUAAAGUCUGACUCCUUUGAAUGAUUGGAAAAAGCGUUUUGUUGGACUAAGAUGAAAUGGAAACUGAAAAUAUUGUUAAUGUUGUACCAACCAAACAGCAGCUUUUGACAACAAAAGGCAGAGUUUCUUGCACUGAAGAUGGCUGCACAAAGAGUUUUGCACACAGUGGGGCCUUGAGAAUGCACACAGUGAAAUCCCAUGGCCUUAUAAAGACUGACAAUGACAAAUGUUUAUUCCACAAGAGAAAGUCAGCUGAUAAAACAGUGUUUAGGUUUCAUUGUCCAGUCAACUUGUGUAUGUAUGGUGAAGGAUCCAAGAAGUAUUUUAAUGCUUACAGUUUAGUAAAACAGCAUUACUUGAAAGUUCAUGCAGAGAGAGAAUACCUGUGUAAACGUUGUGACUCGGCAUUCUUAACAGAUCGUGACUUGAAACAGCAUCAGGAACGUUGUGGCGUGUUGUAUAGCUGUGGCACAUGUCCUGUGAAAUAUACAACAAAGGAAGCUCUACAUACGCACUGUAAACGACAGACUCACUCGUACCCAGAAGAAUAUUUGAGACAGACUAAACAAAAGGCUGAUAAGAAACAAAAUGCCAUUAGUAAGCCUAGUCAGCCAACUCAGCCGGUGGUCACUAUUAUCACACAACCUAUGUUACUAGUGCCUGUACAAUCUAAGGAACCAGUCAAGCCAAAUAGAAGUAUACAACCAAAACCAGUCAAACAAAAACCAGUCUAUUCCGGAAUAAGGCCAGAUGUCAAGGUCAAUGAAGGUGAAGGACAUGUGAUAUCAGCUGUACGACAGGAUGUGUUGAUUCAGACAGAUAUAUAUGGAGUAGAUACAUUGAACCUUAAUAAAAAUAACACAGAGGGAAAUAGAACUCUCUAUAGCAAAACAUUAACACAUCAGAACACAAAAUGUGUUUCAACAAGUCCAAAUGAACAGACAAAAGUCAUUAUUCCAAUGACCCCUGACUCACAUUAUCUGACAGAGGGUAGCUAUUCUUCAAAUUGGAAUGAUAAAGCAAAGAAGCAAAAUUUGGUCAAAAGAAGGCUAAGUCAGCAGAAAGAAUUUAAUCCUUCAUCUCCGAGAAGAAAAAAAAUGAAAUCAACCACUGGUAUCCAGACCUCUGUAAGUUUCAUCAAGAAAAAAGGAGUGCCUACAGUAAAUAGUACACAAACAACUGGUGAUUAUAUCAUAGAAACAGCUCUCAGACACGCGAAUAUCCAGAUAGAAAAGAAGACCGUGGCAUCGCAAGUCACUCCACAGAAACCUUACAAACAUGACUUGUUACAUGAUCGACUAGGUAUACAAAAGCCAAAGCCAGUUCUGGUUGAUUCGUUUAGCCAAGUAAAACAACAGAACAUUAGGGCGGAGACGUCACAUAAUUUGGCAGAGAGCCAAACCAUGACCGAUAUACCACCAUCAAUUUCAACACAAACACUACAAUCAUAUCUUGUCAACCAGCAAGAGCGACAUAGCAAAGCUCCUCUUAGUAGACAAACAAGUUCUUAUUAUACCACUGAAACACUGCAAGAAUCUCUGACUGAUAAUAUUGGCACUGCUUUGAUAGAACCUGUAUGUAACGAAAAUACAUUGCCUGUAAACAGGACAGUCUUGAAACCUAAUGAUAAUACAGUACAAAUUUAUGAUGAAAAUUUAACUACAUCUGUGAAUUACGUAAUGCCAUCGAAGUCAAGACAACUGCAGGGUCAAGGCUCCAUGACAAAUGAUAAAAAUGUGCAGGAAACUUCUACAGACAUACCGGAAUAUACUGCAGUGCCUCUUCAAGGAGUACAUAUUGGGUCAGCUGCAUCCAGACUGACUACAAAGCAAAACUCUGAACACAGUUCUUAUUCUUCAUCAGAUGUAGAUCCUUUUGAAGAAAAUUUCCUAAAAGGUGAAGGCCAUGUGUCAAGUGCAGAACAAGGUCACUUCACAAAUAUAGAACAAGGUCAAGGUCACUUCACAAAUAUAGAGCAAGGUCAAGGUCACUUCACCAAUAUAGAACAAGGGCAUAUGACUGAUAUGGGGGCACAAGCUAUGUCGGCAUCUGAAUUUGACCAUUUACUACAGUCAAGCGGAAUUUUUAACAACAAUGCUGAUUUUCUGUUUGGUGCAGGCAACAAUCAAAGUAUAUCAACAAGUACAAAGGACAUAGGGACAGAGUCAUGUGAACUAGCCAGCGAGCUUGACUUCCUGGAUGCAAAUACCCAUACCAUUGAUAUGAAUACUCAGACAGUUGAUUUCAGUUUUUUGGAAAAUUUUGAGCCUAUUGAUUCAAAUACUCAAACAGUUGGUGUGGGGGCAGGGCUUGACUUUCUUGAUAUGGUUAUGACAAAUAUGGAGACCCAGACAUUGAACGAUGAUGAUUUGGCAAGUCUUGGACUUUUAGAUAAACCAUUAUUGCCAGGCACCAUCCAUACAUUCACAGGAGGUAAUUUGGCUGAUGUAGGAACCAGUAACUCCACAGGGGCGUGUGUUGGAGUUUCAAUUGGCACAGAUGAUAAUUUCAGUUACACCAAAAAUGAUAAAUUAUAUAGUGAAGUUGGAAUAGAAGGAAAUACUGGCUCUCAAGUUUCAUCUUCAACCAGUCCUUGUUUUAGGGAACCUUUAUCAUUAAAUAAAAGUGGAACACAGUCUGUUAGAAAGAUUCAUGCUUCUAGAAACUCAGAUCAAUCAGAGUACAGUCCACUUGGUGAAAAAGAUGAAAAGGUCAGAGUUCAAACAGAAACACAGACUGUGUCUCUAGAUACUAUAGAACCAUUAUUACAGACUGAGACCCAAACACAGGUAGAAUCAACAGAUACAGAUUUUGUUACUAGUAACAUGGAAACUCAAACAACCUUUGAAGAUCUUCAACAAUUGUGUGAAUGGUUACAAUGAAAAGUUUUACAUAUCACAUGUUUUCGCGAAUGCUUAAUAAGGAAAACAGAUUGGCACUUGUGUGAUGAUAACCUUAUAGUAAAAUCAUGCCUUAAAAGAUAGAUCAUGAAAAACUGAAACUUUGACCUUUAACAGGUGGUCAUUUAAAACAGGUUAUUUGUUGCUUGUUGAUUUAGAGAUGGCCAUUUGAGCCGUGUCAUGACAAAACCAACAAAGUGCGUUUGCGACCAGCAUGGAUCCAGACCAGCCUGCGCAUCCGCGCAGUCUGAUCAGGAUCCAUGCUGUUCGCUAUCAGUUUCUCUACUUGUAAUAGGGUUGGUAAGCGGACAGCAUGGAUCCUGAUCAGACUGCGCGGAUGCGCGGGCUCGUCUGGAUCCAUGCUGGUCGCAAACCCAUUAUGUUGGUUUUGUCAUGGCACGGCUCAUUUGUGUCAGAUAUUCUUUUUAUUACCUUUUUGCACAGAUUUUCUUUAUAUAACCUUUAUGUUAAGGCAGUCUUUGACACAGGGUUAACUUAUUUAUAUGUAAACAACCAUCAGGUGAAUUCCCAUUUAGAACAAAGAUGAUGGCUAGGUUAUAAAGAUAAUUUACUUUUUAUGUUUUAAGCUCAAAGUACAGCUGUCAGGAGCCAAGGGUCAUGUUUACAGGGUCAUAAUUUUACAAGCUUGGGGUCAUGGUUAUUAUUUAUUCAAAUUGUUCAAAAAGUAUAUGUAGGUUUAAAUUUUUUAUAUCAAUAUGUGUAUAUUGUUUGUAGGUUUCCACAUAGCUGUGCACAGCUUUUAAAGAUUUGACACAUUGCCAUAUAUUCAAGCUGCCAUAUUUACCUGAAUGCCUUUCUUGUUAGCUUGCUCAAAUUAUAAACAUUUCUUAAUUUCAAUUAUAUUUCAUCAAAUUUAAAGGCAAUUUUUCCCUUUACCUGCUGGA